AUGAACGAAGAAGAAGAUAAUAGGAGUCGGACAGUUACUUUGGAUGGGGAUAAUGAAUCUAUGAAUGAUGGAAGAGCUCUUGUUCAAGCGCCGAUUCGAAGUGGAGAUGUUAUUAGGUGAGUGGAGGCUUUGAAAUCUUGAAAUGAUGCGGAAAUCGCUAAUUUUUCAAAAAUGCAUGAAACCCUAACGUGAACAAAAAAGUAGAAAUUUAAAUUUUACUUGAAAUUGUUGAAGGUUUCUUGAUUUUCACCGAAAAUUCAAGAUCAGUGAAAAUAGAAGAAUAUUUUUAAUUUGAUAAAAAUCAAAUUUUUAUUGGAUUUUCAAAACACUGUAAGAUUUUGAGCUUUACAAAAAAUUCUCAUAAUUUUAAAUUCUUAUUGACUCAGAGAUUCGCUGGCCAGCUCGCCACCAGAUCGCUGCGGCCACCUGGAAACCGCAUGGCCGCCAGGUCGCCUCGAGUUUUCCGGCGACGUGGCCUGUGUGUUUGAAAUUAUGGAAAGCUGGCAAGACAGUGGUUUGUACUCAAAACACUGCAUUUUCUACUGUUUUUUUCACUUCAUAAGGUUUCAAGUGCUGCGAAAAAACAGAAAAUGAGCCAAAUUUUUCGAAAAUGCCUCAAUUCACAAGUUUUUCAGACAUUUUCAUGAAAAUUCAUUUUGACGCGGCGAAGUGGCCACCACAUGGUAGCCAUGUGGUCGUGACCUAGCCAGAGCCUGGCCACCUUGCCAGCGAAAAAACCGGGCGACAUGGUUUCCAUGUGGUUCCCAGGUCAGCCAGCCUCCCCACCUGGUGGCGAGCUGGCCAGCGAAUCUCUGAGGAGUUUUGAUUUGUUUUUUGAAUUCUUAUUGAGUUUUGAUCAUGAUUCAAAAUUUCGAUAAAUACGAAAUUUAUGAAGAUUGGUUCAGAAAUUCUGAAUUUGUUUUGAAAUUUCUGACCGGAUAAUUCAUAGGCUUUUCUGAACUCUAAAACAAAUUCCGGAGAAAUUUUGAAAAAUAUCAGAAAUUUCAUGGAAACCUAUAGAAAUUUUGCCCUGUAAUUUCAGCUUCUGAAUUACGAGCUAUUCUCAGAACUGAAAAAAAAUCCAGAAAAAUCUUAUUAAAGUUAUUGAUAAAUAAGAAAUUUAUGAAGUUUGAUUCAGAAAUUUCCCAAAAAAUAGUAAAAAGAUCCCUGAAUGUUUUUUUCUUCCAAUUUCAACCCCAUUUCAUAUAUUCCAGCCCAACUCGCGCGGUUUUGACCCUCUCAAAAUCAAUGUUCAAUGCUGGUUGUUUCUCCCUUCCGUAUGCUUGGAAAUUGGGUGGUUUAUGGGUCUCGUUCGUAAUGUCAUUUGUCAUCGCCGGUCUCAAUUGGUAUGGUAAUCAUGUUCUUGUGCGAGCCAGUCAACAUCUCGCCAAAAAAUCCGAAAGAUCCGCUCUCGAUUACGGUCAUUUUGCUAAGAAAGUUUGCGAUUAUAGUGAUAUCCGAUUUCUACGAAAUCAUUCCAAAGGUGUUAUGUAUUUUGUAAAUAUUACUAUUUUGUUCUACCAACUUGGAAUGUGCAGUGUUGCUAUUUUGUUCAUUUCUGAUAACUUGGUGAGUCUCUGAGAUGAUUGAAGUGUAAUUGGAACAUUUUGUUUCAGGUAAAUCUUGUUGGUGAUCAUUUAUCAGGAACUCGUCAUCAACAAAUGGUUCUUAUGGCCACAGUUUCACUUUUCUUCAUUUUGUUAACCAAUAUGUUCACAGAAAUGAGGAUUGUCUCAUUUUUCGCGCUCGUUUCUUCGGUUUUCUUUGUGAUUGGAGCUGCUGUUAUUAUGCAAUUCACAAUUCAGUUAGUUAGAGCGGGAAAAAUAAUUCGAAAAAUCGUUUUAAAAACUUUUUGAAGAUAGACAAAAAAUGAGAAUUCUUCACUAAUUCUAAUUUCAAUUCAAAAAAAUUUAGAUUCAGAAAAUUGUACUCAAAAACUGCUGAAAAAUGCAAAAAAUCACAAUUUUCAGUUAAAAAUAUAAAAUAUUUGGAAUUUUUGUUCUCAAAAUUUAAUCAAACAUUAUUUUUUAACUCAAAUUCAAAAUAAAGUCCCGAAAAUUCAAUUAUUUGGCUCAUUUUUCCAGCUGAAAAUCACAGAGAAAAUUUUUUUCAGAAAAAAUCAUCCCUAGUAAAAGUAAAUCAACGAAAACCUGGAUAAAAGCUAAAAUUAGUACCAAAGUUCAAAAUUUUUCCUGAUUUUGCCAUGAAAUCUUCUAAAAAUACAAUAUUUUUGAAAAUUUAGAGUUCUGAAUAUUUUUCAGACAACCAAAUCAGUGGUCAAAGUUACCGGCGUCGACGAAUUUUUCUGGAACAAUAACAAUGAUUGGAAUGAGUAUGUAUGCUUUUGAAGGACAAACUAUGGUAAACUUUUUUCCCGGCUUCACCAUCUAAUCCUAUUUAUUCCAGAUUCUUCCAAUUGAGAACAAACUCGACAACCCGGCUGCAUUCCUCGCUCCUUUUGGUGUUCUCCCAACAACAAUGAUGAUUUGCACCGCUUUCAUGACAGCUCUCGGAUUUUUCGGCUACACCGGUUUCGGUGAUUCGAUUGCUCCAACCAUCACAACAAAUGUGCCAAAAGAUGGACUUUAUUCGACAGUUAAUGUAUUUCUCAUGUUACAAUCAUUGUUGGGUAAUUCGAUUGCAAUGUAUGUAGUUUAUGAUAUGUUUUUCAAUGGAUUUAGAAGAAAGUUUGGAGCGAGAUUUCCGAAUUGUCCCAAAUGGUUGUCUGAUAAAGUGAGUUAUUUGGGUAAAUCGAGAAAGUUAGGGUAACUAAGCCUAGCCUUGGCUUUACUUCAUCACAAAAUUCAAAUUUUUGCAGGGAUUCCGUGUUUUCUGGGUGUUGGUCACAUAUUUGAUGGCUGUUCUGAUUCCAAAACUCGAAAUUAUGAUUCCAUUAGUCGGUGUUACCAGCGGAACACUUUGCGCAUUCAUUUUCCCGCCAGUCUUCGAAAUGAUCACAUUUUGGACUGAUUGGAAAGGAUUAUUAUCAUAUCGCCAGAGAAUCACAAAAAUAACAAUUAAUUGCAUUGUUAUCUCAAUUGGCAUUUUUGCAAUUUGUGCUGGAACUUAUACAAAUAUCCAAGCAAUUGUUCAAUCUUUCGGAACUCCAGAUCCAUAA